GGACGCCCCCUUGUACCUGAGGACGUGUCUCUAUCCCCGUGGCUGUCGGCAGGGUUCGGCAUCCCUUCGUGGGCUGGGUCGCAGCGGAGCGCCUGAAGGGAGAAGCCUUUGUUUGCGUGGGUGAGCGUUACAGGGGUGAACCGCCGGCUGUGGAGAAACGGAAGUGCUGAGUGGAGCGUUUCCCUGAGAGCAGGGACCCCCCUCGGCAGGAGAGACAGGGUUGAAGCAGAUGGCCUUCUCGCGUGAAGGUGGCUCGGGAGAGGAGCUGAGAACACAGAGCAGGCGCUGGGACGCUGGCGUGGAGUGUCAUGAUUACGUAGACAAGCCUUUGGAAAAACCUUUAAAACUGGUACUUAAAGUUGGAGGCAGUGAAGUGACUGAACUUUCUGGGUCAGGGCAUGAUUCUAGUUACUAUGAUGACCGAUCAGAUCAUGAGCGAGAACGACAUAAAGAGAAGAAGAAAAAAAAGAAAAAAAAGUCUGAGAAAGAAAAGGAAAAGCAUCUUGAUGAUGAAGAAAGAAGAAAGAGAAAGGAAGAGAAAAAGAGGAAAAGGGAGAAAGAACAGUGUGACACUGAAGGAGAAACUGAUGACUUUGAUCCUGGAAAAAAAGUGGAGGUUGAACCUCCUCCAGAUCGUCCUGUCAGAGCAUGCAGAAAUCAGCAAGCUGAAAAUGAGAGCACACCAAUCCAGCAAUUACUAGAACACUUCCUUCGCCAGCUUCAAAGGAAAGAUCCUCAUGGGUUUUUUGCUUUUCCAGUCACGGAUGCCAUUGCUCCUGGAUAUUCCAUGAUAAUAAAGCACCCCAUGGAUUUUGGUACUAUGAAGGAAAAAAUUGCAGCAAAUGAAUACAAAUCAGUCACUGAAUUCAAGGCAGAUUUUAAACUUAUGUGUGAUAAUGCAAUGACGUACAACAGACCAGAUACUGUUUACUACAAGCUAGCCAAGAAGAUACUGCACACAGGCUUUAAGAUGAUGAGCAAAGAACGGCUGUUAGCUUUGAAGCGCAGCAUGUCGUUUAUGCAGGACAUGGAUUUUUCUCAGCAGGCAGCUCUUUUGGGUGAUGAAGACACAUCAGUUGAGGAACCUGUCCCUGAAGUUGUUCCUGUACAAGUAGAGACUACCAAGAAAUCUAAAAAGCAAAAUAAAGAAGUUAUUAGUUGCAUAUUUGAACCCGAGGGAAAUGCGUGCAGCCUGACAGACAGCACUGCUGAAGAACACGUCCUGGCACUAGUGGAACAUGCAGCAGAUGAGGCUCGGGAUAGGAUCAGUCGAUAUCUUCCCAACAGCAAGAUCGGUUAUCUAAAAAAAAGAGGAGAUGGAACUUUAUUAUUUAGUGUAGUAAAUUCAUCUGAUCCAGAAGCAGAAGAGGAAGAGACUCACCCAGUGGAUCUGAGUUCGCUGUCAAGCAAAUUAUUACCUGGCUUCACUACACUGGGCUUUAAAGAUGAACGAAGAAACAAAGUUACCUUUCUUACCAGUGCUAGUACAGCCCUUUCCAUGCAAAACAACUCUGUUUUUCAUGAUUUGAAAUCAGACGAAAUGGAACUCCUAUACACAGCAUAUGGUGAUGAAACUGGGAUACAGUGUGCCUUAAGCUUACAAGAAUUUGUGAAGGACGCUGGAAAUUACAGCAAGAAAAUAGUAGAUGAUCUUCUGGACCAGAUCACUAAUGGAGAUCAUUCCAAAACUGUUUAUCAGCUAAAGCAGAGACGAAACAUCCCAAUAAAACCACUGGAUGAAGUUAAAGUUCUACCAGUUCUCAUAAAAGAAGAACACAAGUUGCGUAAUACCUGCCCAGAUUCUUCCAAACAGAUUAUGGUUGGAGAAUCUGCUGGAGAUGGUAACACUUCUGACUUGGACUUUCUCUCUAUGAAACCAUAUUCAGAUGUAUCUCUUGAUAUUUCCAUGUUAAGUUCAUUAGGGAAAGUGAAGAAGGAACUUGACCAUGAUGAUAACCAUUUACACCUGGAUGAAACAACUAAGCUGCUGCAGGACCUUCAUGAGGCUCAAGCUGACAGAGUGGGAUCUCGGCCUUCAUCCAAUUUGAGUUCUCUCUCCAAUACCUCUGAAAGAGACCAGCAUCAUCUUGGAAGUCCUUCUCAUCUGAGUGUUGGAGAACAGCAAGACAUGGUUCACGAUCCUUACGAAUUUCUUCAGUCUCCAGAAACCUCAAAUGCUACUACUAACUAAUCUGUUGUAUGUUUUAUAUAUAUAUAUAUAUAUACACAUACAUAUAUGUAUGUGUGUGUGUAUAUAUAUAUAUAUUGUUUUUUAAUUGUAUUAUGUUAUCAUAAAGUUUUUGUACAUGGCAGAAACCUCAAUUUUGUCCUCUUUCAUGUGAGGAUCCCUGUAUAAAGUUGCCAUAUAUGCUGAAUCUUGGUUGAAAAAUAUUAAGUAAUGUGUUACGGAAUUUGCGUUUUAUAGAAACUAAACAGCAAUCAUUGUUCUAGCAUCAUGACAACAAUCACGAAAUGUUUCCCAUUGAAUCGUGUACCAGUCUCUGUUCAGGUCUUAACUUGAACAUCCUCAAAGAGGAAUAUUUUAUUUCAGCAGUGACAGAGCUGAAUGAAUUGUGAUAAUUAUUAAUGUUUCCCAUUUUCUAACCAUAACAAUCUGUGGAAGUGGUUUCUGUUUCCCCAUAUUUGUAAAUUCUUGUUUCAUGUUUCAUUACCCUAGAGAAUACUUGAUAUGAGAGUAACAAUACUUGUAGUUGCGUGAAAAUGCUCACUACAUUCAUUCUACCCUGGAUCUAAAAAAGGUGGAUGCUUUUGUGAUCCCUUGUGUCUUAAAAAUGAAGAAAAUAUAAUACUCAUAUUUUAAUUCAAUAUUUGCUUGGAUGAAAAAAAUACUGGAUGAGAAGUGCUUUUUCAGUAGUUCUAAAGUAAAACCUUUAGAAUUCAGUACUGAUGUAUUGGGGAGGUUGUACCACUGCUAUCUGCAAGCUGGACAAAUGCUACAGACUUGCAAUAGUUUGUAAAUAUUAAUACAAAAACACGUUUUGUUUGCAAAUAUACCUGGUGAAAAUUUGAUUCCUCAUCUUUCAUAAGUCUGAUAUACUAGGAGCUUCUGGUCUGAAUUUUUGUGCUGCUUUUAAAGGUAUAUUUCAUGAUGCAAAAUACAGUUGUAAUCAAAAUCAACUGUGAGAGCCCCCGAGGAAAUUUGUCAGGUAACUGAAAUCAAAGUCUUGAUAAAGUUUUUAUCUAGGAAGGUUUGUAAACUCAAACCAGGAUGUUUGUGGUUGGGACUGUUUCCUUUCCCUCUUGAUCUCCCUCUGAGAUGCUUCCUCCACCCCUUCCCCCAUCCUGCUCCUUAGGGAUAUGUGUUUUCUGUUUGAACAUAACAUGUAAUGUUAUGUUCAAUUUAUUACAACUUAAAGGACUUCUGUUACGAUGCUUGUGUAAGGAAUUAUGAUGGCCUUUUCCCGUUUAUGGAUUAGUAGCAUGCUCUUUCUGUUGCCGUGAGUCAGUUGUGGACUACCACCUGAAUUGAAUCAAAGACAUAAUCAAUUCUUUUUUGCCCCUCCCCCAGUCAGGUUGGCACAAUAUUCAAGGGAACAAUGUUCUACUUAAAGGUUAGAAGUAAAAAGGGGGAGUCAGAAAACAGAACUCUCAAAAUCAGCAUUGCCUGUAAAGCCUUUUCUGUCUUCGUCAGUUAUUUUAUGAACUCUUGAUUGCUGAAGCUCUGACACCUAUGAUUCUCUCAGAGUGCAGAUCUACAGCAUACUCCUCACACACAGUGCCAGUGCAUCUUUCUGGUGUCUCACCUUAAUACUGAAAGGAAACGCUAAGACUUUGAUAAGAUAUUCAGUUGAUUUAUCAAAGUAUCUUACCUAAGUAAUUCUUUGGUAUAAAGAUCUUAUUUUUGUAGUUCAUCGUGAUGUCAAAAGUUUUGGUAACAUAGAAUGUUUGCUGGCUAAUAGCACUGUUUGUUAAAAUUCAGAAGGUCUGCAAGCUCUUUGACUUCUACAGAGUGCAUAUAUUGUGUUGGACAAAAAAAAAGUUGUCGUCACAACAGCUAGAAUGGGCAGGAGGAGAACAGUUAGAGGUCACAGCAGUAACUUGUGAUAAAUAUAUUCUCAUCUCUGAGGGAAAAUGAUUGUAUUUGAGUAUAUAGUAAAUAUGUUCCAAAAGGCAUGUUUGGCGGGGGAGGAUUUAUUUUUUAUUUUUUUAACUCAGACAAUAGGUUUGGUAUAAAACAAUUUGUGGGAUGUUUUUGGAAAGGCAAAUGAAAUGCAAAUGUUAAUGUAUGGUAGGCUUUAAGUGGUGAUGGAGGUUCAGGUUUGUGAGCAAUGUUUUAUUUUUAAUUAUUAAUCUGUUAUCUUUCAGACACCAUCUGAUGUUCACUCUUAUGUUACUAGAAGUAACCUAUGCCACCAGUCUGAUUCCAAGCUUAUUUCAUGAAAAAAUAUUAUAGCAAGAAAUAAGGAGAAUAUGAAUUCAGCUAAUAACAGCUUUUAAAGCCAAGAGGACCACAUUUUACAAGUAGAUGAUUUCUAUCACACUUUCAUAUUUUUAUAUCAUUUUAAAAUUAAUUCUUGAUUAGCAAUAAUCUCAGAGAGGAAUAUU